CUCCGUCCGUUCACUCGUUCGACCCCGGUAAUAGAUAUAUAGGAGAUCGACAUGCUAUUCUCCUAAUCGCCUGGCUGGGUCAGCCCAGCCAUCGUGUGUGCCGCUGUAUGAUUGAUACAUUGACUCCAGUUGAAGUAUUCCUAGAAUCCUUGCGCGUGACUCGGCUGUCGCUCACAUCAAAAAGCUGGUACCUGAAUUAUAUUUGUGAGUUUGUUAACAAAGUAAGGGCGAUGUACUCGAUCCGUCUUACAAAUCGAAAAAUGGCUGUAGGAGAUCGCUUGCUCCAAGUGGCAUUGGACGCUGAUGGACUUCUUCCAAGUGACUUUUGCCUUGUUGCGGGCAAGGAUGGCGGUCGACGUGCUGUGCAUUCGUUUGUGUUGGCUGAUGCCUCGGACUAUUUUCGUACAUUGGUAAGCAAUAGUGAGUUUAUCGAGUCACGACGUCGAGAAGCCGAAUUGCCAGUUGACUCGGAAACUCUCAAGCUUAUGCUUGAUUGGGUCUACACAAGAAACGAAAUGGUGAUGAGUGUCGACCAAGCCGUUCCUUUGUACAUCGCUGCUCAACAGUUCCUUCUUGAAGAUCUCUCUCGGCCACUUAGAGAGUUCCUACUUGAAGGUGUGGCCGUUCUAUCGUUUCUUGGGUCGGACGUUUUUCUCAACUUCACCCAACUUGAUAUUAUGAGCCUCGCCGAUGUUCUAUUAGCCGAAGAAAUGCGGCCAUUUCGGCCAAACGUAUUGAAACAUUUGCACCGUUGGGUUACGCAUGAUCCGAGCCGUCGAAUGGAUUCCAUAUUUAAAGUCUACGAUGAGCUGGCGCGGGGCGAUGAAGCUGAAUCAAACAUGUACCUUUUUGGGGCAUGGUCGGUCGAGUCAAUGGACUCUUCGCAGGUUUUGUGUUUUCGUUUCUCCAACGAUCGAUUCGAAGAGCACACACUUAUGGCCCCUAACUCACAUUUAGCCGUUUGGUAUGGCCACUUGCCGGACAAUCUGUGCUUCAUGCAGGAUGGUCAUCUUACAGUAUUGGACGACUCCAAGGUGAAAGUGAUCGACUGCUCCACUGGGCGCAUCCUUCGUGAACUAGCUACACCGCUGGACUAUGGGGAUCGAGGUGAUGUUGGACUAGCGCAUUUUCAACGAGACCUCUUCCUCUGGAUAGGGCUGGAAAUAUUUGUACUACAGGACGAUGGUACGUUUAUGGGGAUUGCCAUGUCGCGGGAAAAGAUUCGCCGGAUGUAUAUAAGACGAUACAAGCCUGGUCUUCUAGAUUUCAUUAUGCAAGCUGAGGUCAAAUUAAAUGAUAAUGAGCAGCCCAUCUACGGUACAAAUCCCAUAAUUGAGAGUCUACGAGAUCAAUGGACCGUUGUCGAGCCGGGAUCACUUGAUUUGCUACUACUUGGUGUCUGCGGAGGUAAAGCAAUCAUAUAUCGAGCUGGAGAGGUGCUUAUUAAAACAGGCACCGAAUUGCUGGGUUCGAUACCAGUUCCUCUGCUCAAAAACGGUCACUCUAUUGCGUAUUCUAAUGGGCAGGUCCUUAUUGCUGGGCCGGCUACUGUCGAGGUGAUUGAUCUUCAAACCUUCAAUAGAAGGAGCAUUCCCUUUUUGGGACCCCGAUACGCCAACCGAAUUCGUGUGGAGACGAUUACUGCACUACCAGGAGACUUGAACCAGGAUUCAGCACGACGAACUUUCGGUAAAUGCUGCCGAAAGGCAUUGGCUGACGAAAUGAAACGAAGUUGAGCCUUGAAUGAGUUUUGAUGGUACUUUUUUAAAAACGCUAAACAAAAUUAAGCGUAUAAUAUAGGCGCUAAUUAAUUCUAAAUUCGUUUUUCAAUAAUCGGUUUUAAGGAACUAUUAACUGAAGUGACUUACGUAUACAUAUAUUAUAUACGAGGUACUUCUAUUAGUAAUAAAUUAUUAAAAAAGUAUUAGUUCAUUAAAUAUUUAUAAUUGCCUUUAUAAUCCUGUUUUUCGGCUUAUACUCGCAACAUUAUAGAUAUAUAGUAGUCUCUCUAGAUUUUGUCUGUUUUUCGCAAGUUUUUCCAGGAGGCUGACUUGGGACUACUUAUGCUGAAAGCCUUCUCCUGGAUGACUGCCGUAGUAAUAGUUCGUACUCUUACUAAAACUAACAAGGUUAUACAAUUGAAAAUGCCAUUAGAUUUCCGUUUCAUGCAGCUCCCCUACUAAACCUUGAGCUAGUACUUAUUGAGCACAAAAGUCCACCUUUCUUUGAUCAAUUUUUAGAAUUACCUAUACAUGAUAAAAUAAAAAACAGAUAAAGAUAAUAUAAAAGUGACCGUUUCGUAACCGGUAAAAGUGCACACAGUAGUGCACGCUUUUCGAGCACACCUUCUGAUUCAACAUAGAUUUUUGCAUAAUUUUAACAGGUGAGUUGCCUUUAGCAAUAACCUGUCAGACGAUUUUAAGCACAGUCGGGAAUAUUCACUGCAGACUGGUUAUCCGUUGACGCGCCUCUAAGUAUUUCACAAAGUGCGAUUCUUUCGCGGGGUUAUUGUUUUUGUCUCUCGAGAAUGGUAUCCUGACAAAUUCUUUGUCUAGGUCAUGACAAUUACCGCGAAUUGCGCGUCAUUCGACCAUUGACGUGUAAUUCUGUUUUGAUUAGUUAGAUGUAAAUUAAUUUUCAGGGAGCGCUGUAAGGCAGCAUAAAAGUGAAAAGAAUCGCAAACAGUUAUUAACAGUGCUUCCCAUCUUCUUACAUUAAAAAAUACAUAAUGGUAAAGAAUUUUUUUUAAUCAUUAAUUACAAAAACGCACACGCUCAGCAAAAAGACGCCUUUGUUAAGGACUCAUUGUACCUAACUUCAAAUAUAUUUUGCCAGUUAUUCAUAACGGCAGCUUCCCAGAUUCCACUUGGCUAUGUGCAUGAGUAGAGACGAAGCUCUUAACAUCCGAAUGUCAUAUUCAUACUUUUAGAUAGCAGAAGUUUAUUUUUAAUUUGCGUUGAGUUGCUUGCGAGAAUGAGUUUAUCAUGGCAAAUAUAGAGACAAGCGUGACAAAUUAAUAUCGGCAAACUCCGAUGUCGCAUUUAUGGCUAUGCACCACAAAAUCAUAAACAGACACCGUCGAUAGCAAUGCAAGGGAUCGUUGGUGUCAAAAGUAACCCGGUGACGAAUUAAAUGGUAGAAUAGUUGUAAAUAAGUAAAAUUUUUACCAAUCAACUUGUGUAAAUAAAGAAAGGAAUGAAACG